GUUCAAUAGGACCAGACGGUGAACAUUGGACUAGCCAGAUAACAACGAUAGACGCCUAGCUGUUGUGAACGAUACACAGGACGGUGGUUGGAGAGAACGCCCAUUUGUUCCUGUGGAUAGCACCACGGUGACUCGAACGACUGUUGCCCCGAGAAUUUUCGUCGUUUGAGAAUAGUUGGUUCUGUAUUGCCGACCGAGGUUCGUCACCUGGAAGAAAGGAAGGACACAGCCUUUGACAUGAGCGCGCCGUACGAAGCAUACCCUCCUCCGGCUGGUGUGCAACCCUUUCCGCAACCAGCACCUGUGGCAGGUGGCCAGAGCCAACCUCCGCCGCCUUAUUAUCCGCCACCGCCGACUGUAGCCACGGCUGGCGUGCAGCCUGCGCCCUAUCCAGCGGGCUACGCUCCACCGCCGCAGCCUGCGAUGGUGCAGCCGUCGUACAACCCGACAUACGUGACUGCGCCACCAUCGGCGCCACCCGUCACAGUCAUUGUACAGCAACAGCCCGGCACAACAACAGCGCCGACACAGGUUGUCAGGCCACCACCGCAGCAGCACCAAAGUGGCAGCAGCGCCAUGGGCAUGGCAGGCGCUGCAGCAGUAGGCAUGAUGGCAGGCGCCGCGGUGGCAGGAGUAGCGGCGGCUGCGCACGGUCGCGACAGUCACCACCACCACCACCACGCCCCACCGCACAUACCACACCGGCCGGGACUACUGAGCCGAGGGCACCGGGGGCCAGUCAACGUGCACAUUCACCCGCAGCCCCAGCACUGGGCGGCCAGGCUGGCCUUGCGAGCGAAGGAGCGGCGACAUCACUAACUGCAACCGGCCGGGUCGACUCGAGGGAUGGCGGCUUAAUCGAACAGACAGCG